AUGAUAGUAACAGCUACUCCUGUAGAUGAUUGUGUUCCAAAGUUCUUCAGAGUGUACAUGCCUGCUAUAUCUGGAGAUGAUAUGGAGUUACCUGUGUCUUUCAACAGCUACUUACCAACGCCUCUGCCUAAAUACGUAAUCCUUAAAAGCAUUUAUGGGAAGAUUUGGAAAAUGGCUUUGAGGAGAUGCGGUGGUGAAGUUGAGAGAUACGUUCUGGUUAACGGGUGGAAGAGGGUCACAAAGGACGAGAUUCUGACCACUGGAGACGUACUGGAGUUUGAAUUCGAUGGCUCAAAGUGUUUCAACUUCUGUAUCUACGAGCCUCUCACCAUGUGUAAGAGGCUCAGAAGAAGUUCAGUGCAAAGCGAAGAAGAAACUAAAGAUGAUGAUGAUGAUGAUGUUUUAGUUCUUAGUGAUGGUGAUGAUGAUGACGAUUCUGAAGAUGCUGAUUACAAUUGUGCUGAUGAUACUGAUGUUAUUCUCGAGGAUGUUGUUGCUGCUACUGAUGAUGAUGAUGCAGUGCUUGAUGGUUCUGCUACUGCUACUGAUGAUGAUGAUGAUAGACAAUAUCUGGAUGAUCGCAGCAACGCGUUUUUUCCAGUGAAAAUAAAUCCGAAGAAGAUAAGCCAAUUGCGCAUACCGUCCAAGGUUAUAAAUGACUACGGCUUAAAAUUCUCUGAGAGUAUAACUCUCAUUGAUCCACUUGUGAACAAGUUCGGGAAGCUGACCAGGAAAAUCAAGAUUCAGACGAAUGGCUGUGUGUUUAUCAGAGGGUAUGGAGCUGUUAUCAGAAGGAAUGGUGUGAAGUCGACGGACAAAAUGAUAUGCGAGUUGGAGAAGGCGGGUAAUAACAACUUGGUUCACACCAUCAAGUUCCAUGUUAUCAAGUAGACUGCUCAUUUUAUAUGAGUCACGUGAGUGUUAUCUAGUGUUUAAGGUUAUCUUAUCUUGUUUAGUUGUGAAGUUUAAAUCAAGACUGUUGUGGUGUGUUGAGUUUAUGUACUGUUAGUGGUUAUCUAUUUGUUUAAGUAUUCAAG